AUGGCCACCCAGAAGGUCAAAGUCCCACACAGCGACCCUGGGCUCCGGCUUCCCCAGGAGGUUCAGCAGGCCGGUGGGCGGAACCUUCCGCUGCGGCUGCGGUCGGGCCUCCGGGCUGGCGACUCCCCGCGCCGGGACCGCUGCGUCCCCGGCUGCUUGGCGCUGGCGACCGGGCUGAAAGUUACUCGGAGCCCGCUGUCUGGGCGGCAGGAAUCGCCCAGCCCUGCGCUAGCGCUGCUGCAGCAGCGCGGCCCUGCCGAGUGGACACUGCGGCCAGCGGCGGCCCCUGGCACGUCCGGCUGCCUCCCACCCUCGGCUCGCGGCUCUCCCCGGGGCGAAGCGGCCCAACUUCUCACCUAUUCCGGCAGAAGCGGCUGGAGAGGCGCGGGCGCGAGCGAGGGCAGCGAUCAACAGAUUGCAGGGCUGCGGCCGGCGCCCGCAGCGCCGCUCUCCGCGCGGGCUUGGCCGGCGGCUUCCGGCCCCGGAGCCGGGGCGCGCCCGCCUUCCGAGGCGACAGCCGGGGACGCAGCCGGGCCGGGAAGCAGGCGCCGUAACCAUGGGGACUGGGGGCGGCGCGGACGGCGACUCCCCGCCGCAGCAAUGGUUCUUCCCGGCCGCGCGGCCGGCCGCCCGCCCGUCACACCGCAGCGCCGAUUUAAAGAGACACCCGGCCCGCGGCGGCCGCGCCCCGCGAACGCGCCCCCCGGCAGGCGCGCCGCCCGCCCGCCGCGCGCCCGAGGGAGAGCCCGGCUGCCGGGGGGCGCGGAGGGAAGCGGACCCUGGCGGGUGCGCAUGGACCUGUGCCGGAGCCACUCGGAGCCGCGGCCCAGCGUGAGUCAGCAGGGCAGGCCCCGCCAGCGCGGGAGAGACCCCGACGCGCCCCCCGCGCCCCCGCCCCGAGAGCCGCUGGCGGGGCGGACUCUGGGUCUCCCCGAAGCUCCGCUCCCGUCGAGGCGCGGCUGA